AUGGCAGUUGCUGGCACCUGGCGCAUCCUCGCGAUGGCUAAUGCUGCAUUGGAACUCUAUGUGAGCUUUUGCGUUUGGCCAUUAUUGAGACAACGUGGGCAUGGCAUACGUGCUGGUGUAGUCCCUCGCGCCUGGCAAUGGCUUGCUGCUGGCUUGUGCGCUGGCCUGCCAUCGGCUCGUGGUGACAUGCAAACUCGGGACAAUGAUUUGUUAGAGGUGUACAAGAAUUUCGUGAUGUUUUAUAGUUUUAGUAAUGUGCAUAGUUGUGGUACGGAUGUCCGAACAUCGAAGAAUGCGCGAGUUAGUUCUGAUUUGGUGUCGAGUACCAUAUCUGAAAUUGUGAGGGACAAGCCGUUGACUUGGCCGUGUGGGGUGGUGACUAUUUUGAAGAAGGAUUAUGGGCUUGAUGUGAGUUACUAUGUGGCAUGGUUUGGCGUGGAGAAAGCAAAGGCUGUUAUUCAUGGAGAUCACUCAUUAUCGUUUGACCAGUUGCGGUGGUAUUCGGCUGCUAUGAUGCGUUACAAUCCGGGGAGUUAUGUCAAUAUUGACUAUGAUGCGAGUAGUCAACAAUUUUGUCUUUUCUUUGUAUCAUUCGCUACGUGUAUGUCUGGGUUCAAUUCUUGUCGGCCUUUAUUAUUCCUAGAUGGAACAUUCCUCAAAGGAAAGUACAAAGGUCAGCUGCUUGCGGCAACGACGAAAGAUGGAAACAAUGGUCUAUUUCCUGUUGCAUUUGCGAUUGUUGAUUCUGAGACCACGGCCAAUUGGUCAUGGGAUCACUUAGUUAGUAGUUUAGGUGACUGUGCUUACGAGCCAACUGUGAUAGGGUUCUAUGAAAAGCUUGCAAUAUUAAAAGAGGAGGGUAAGCAACGAGCACAUAAUUUUUCCAAGGGCUUGGCACCUGAGCAUUGGGCAAAUUCAUACUUUAGGGACAUGCGUUAUGGGGAGAUGACAUCCAAUGCGGUGGAGUCAUUUAAUAAUUGGAUUAAAGAAACACACAAUCUUCCUAUCACUCAAAUGGUGGACACAAUUCGUACGUAG